UGAACAACAAAACGAGAAUCCCCAUAGUAUGUAAUGCAUCAAUCCAACAUCUCCACAACUCUCAUAAGAUCACCAACGCGCUUGAAAAUGUUACUAAAACUUCCUAAAUAUACUGCGUCUGUAUUACUUAACCACACAAGGCGCCGGUCUAGUUGGAUGGACAGUUUGAAAUCCCUAAUUGCAGGGAAUUCCAACAACAAUAACAUUCCACAGGUUCGCCAAGUUGGUGAUCCUGUCCUACGACAGAAAGCUCAGCCCGUCGAUCCGUUGGCAAUUCACACCGAAGAGUUUAAAGAGCUGCUUCAAAUGAUGAUAAGAACAAUGCGCGCGAAAAAAGCGGUCGGGAUCGCAGCGCCACAAAUUGGUGUGAGUUUGCAAGUCUUUGCUAUGGAAUUCACUAAGGAAGACAUGAAUCUUUUAGAAAAGAAUGGUGCCACUUUAGACGACCUCCGUCAGAAGCAAAUGGACGUUGUACCUUUGAAGAUUUUUAUCAAUCCAGAGAUUAAAAUAACUAACCCAAAAAUGGUUGUAUUUAGGGAAGGGUGUCUUAGCCUAGAGGGGUUCUCAGGUUUGGCCCGUGCCCUUGAGGUUGAAGUAUCUGGGUUGGAUGAGAAUGGAGCUCCCAUAACAUGGCAAGCUUCUGGGUGGGCCGCUCGAAUUGCACAACAUGAAGUAGAUCAUCUACGUGGAAACAUUUUUAUUGAUUCAAUGACUUACAAAUCAUUUAUGAAUGUUAACUGGAGAGAUUACAUUGAUUAGAUGACUCCUGGAUAGAUAACUUUGUAUUUCAUCAAUGAAGUAGGAACUUUUAUCAAUGUAUGUCGAUCUUAUUUAAUAAUUACAAGUAAGUUAGAAAAUCAUUAAAUUGUUGUUGAAGUAGA